GGAAGCAGCCAGCUCUUAGUGCGUGUUAGCCGGCCGUGUUUCCCUCUCAGUGUUUCUGCGCCCACCCACUCUCAUGUGAGAGUGUGAGAGAGUGUGUGUGUGUGUGUUACAGUGUGUCACAGUGUGUCCCGUUUAGCUUGCCUACUCUCUGUAUCUACUCCAGCCACUACAUGGGGAAGGACAGGCAGCUGAGAGGCGGCAUUACCGAGUAGUGUAUAUGUACACAAGCCCGUGGUGGGAAUUAUUGUGUGUUAAAGAAAUCACCGCGGCGGUGAACACACUCGCGUCUCACUCUCAGAGCCUACAUUAGCUGAGAAACUAGUCGGGAAUGGCUUCGUCUCCUUGUGGCGGUGGUGGCAACUUUGAAUGCAGACUCGAAAUCAAAACUCGGUCGGUGGAGCAAACCCUCAUCCCUCUCGUGUCUCAGAUAACCACCCUGAUUAAUCACAAGGACAAGCUAAAGAAGACUGAGAAGACCUCGAGGGCCAUCCAGAGGGUCGGCCAGGCGGUCAGCGCCGCCGUGAGCCGCUUUGUGGCUGUCGGAGAGGCCAUAGCACUGGAGAACGAGGAAUUAAAGGAAGAAAUGGGUCACGCCUGCUUUGAGGCCAGACGAGCAGGCACAGCUAUAGCGCAGCUGACGGACGUGUGUAGCGUUGAGGCGAGCGAGGCCGAUGGUCGCAGCACUGUGUUCAGUGACAGGAUGGGCAUGGUGAAAGCAGCUCGCAUGCUCCUCUCCUCCGUCACCAAAGUGCUGGUGCUCGCAGAUCGCAUCGUCAUCAAGCAGAUCAUCAGUUCCCGCAACAAAGUGCUGGUCACACUGGAUCAGUUGGAGCGAGUCAGCACCUUUCAGGAGUUUGUGCAGAUCUUCAGUCAGUUUGGCAACGAGAUGGUGGAAUUUGCGCACCUUACAGGGGACAGGCAGAAUGACCUGAAGGAUGAGAAGCAGAAGGCACGCAUGGCCGCAGCCCGUGCUGUGUUGGAGAAAUGCACCAUGAUGCUCCUCACUGCUUCAAAGACAUGUCUGAGGCACCCAGACUGCGAGUCUGCACGGAUCAACAAGAACGCCGUGUUCCAGCGCAUGCGCCUGGCUCUGGAGCAGGUUAUCGAGAUUGUGACAGAUGCGAGGAGCAGUGGAGAGCCCAAAGCACUGCCAAUCAGUAUCUAUGCUGGAAUUAAAGACCUUAAGAAUAAGGUGGAGGGAUUGAGGGAAUCUCUGUACUGUGUGCCAUGUGAGACUGUAGCAGCACAGCUGGAGGUUCUGGUAGAACAGACUGAAGACUUCACUGAUUCAGCGUACACUAGCCAUGAGCAGCGCGAGAGCAUCCUGCAGCUCUGCCACACAACACGGGAGGAAACCAAGCAGCUCAUCUCUGCCUGGAGUCAGGCACAGUCAUUCAAAGCCAAAGACGUGACUGAGGAAGUGGAGUUGUCUAUUCUGAAGACCUGUCAGAGUCUCUGUGAGCUCAGACGUGAGCUCCACAAGGUAGCAGUGGGGCGGGCCAGUGAGCUGCUGAAGCUGCACUCUGAUCACGCUGUGCUCCAGGCUCUGAAGGCCACAGGAGGCGAGGGGAAUGUCGAGGCGGUAGCUGAUUACGCUCGCACACUCACCGAGCACAGGGAGCAGCUGGUGGAGACCUGCCGACUGCUGUGCCACAUCUCGGGCACAGAGCCGCUGGAGAUCACGUGCAUCCAUGCUGAGGAGACCUUCCAUGUCAUUGGUCCUCAGAUCAUCUCAGCAGCUCAGACGCUGGCUCUGCACCCCAACAGUAAGAUAGCCAAAGAAAACCUGGACGUGUUCUGUGAGGCCUGGGAGUCGCAGCUGUGCGACAUGGCCAUCCUGCUGAAAGAGAUCAGCGAUGUGUUCGAAGGCCGCAGAGGUGAUAAAAGAACAUAUCUGUCGUUACCUCGGCCAGGGAAGCACUCCGUUAAUCUGAAGACUCCGAAGACAGCCAAGCUCGACACAGAGGGGCCGGUGUGUUGUGGUGGUCAGGAUCAGACCACCAUCACAAAGCUGGGACAGGAACUCCGGCUUCUUACCUUGGAUGUGGAUUCUGAGCUGGAGCACUGGGAGAAUCAGGAGCACGAGGUGGUCCGACAUUGCCAAAGCAUGUCCAGCAUGGCAUACUCCAUGUACCUCUUUACCAGGGGUGAAGGCCUGUUGAAGACCACUCUGGACCUUUUCCACCAAGCUGAGGUUCUCUCAGAGUUAAGUCUACAGCUGUGCUCCUUCCUGCAGUCGUUCUCCUUACAGCUGGUGGAUGAGGAGAAAAUGCUCCUGACGUCUGAGACUGAGAAGCUGGCAGCUUUUUGCCAGCAGCUACAAAUAUGUGCCAAGUCUCCUGUCCAGGGAAAGAGUGCUACGUUCCAGAAGGUGGACUCGACUAUACAUAACACCAAAGGCGUGAUAACAGCGGUGGCGUCUCUCCUUCCACUGUGUAACAAACUCGUCAGAAAGUGUAAACCAGAGUGCAGCAGUCUGGAUUCUCCUCAGGCCUGGAGGGAGAGGCAGCACACGCCGCUUAAAGACGACGCACUGAAUGGCAAAAGCUCCAACGGCUUCAGGGUCAAACCCCUGGAGCAGCACAUGGCCAAUCUCACCUUCUUAGAGAGCAAGUAGCUCAGAGCCCUUACAGCCCAGAGCUAAUGAAACUCGGAGUAUUAUUCUACACACACGCACGCUUUACCACAUAUUUUGUGUUGUGCAGUGGCAUACUCGCAUACAUACAUACAAUAAGGUCCAAAAGUCUCUCUUACCAAGAACUGUUUUUAUUUCAGAAUACAUUUCACAAAUUAUAUCUUGCAACUGAGGUUAUUCUUCACUAAAGUAUGAUUUAAUAAAGCAAAAGAGGUAGAACUAAUAUUAUGUGAUUUAGAGUUAACUGAUGUUAUAAAUUAGAGUUAAGUUAAAAUAUAGAAGAAAGCCACAAUAGGUCAUGUGUUCCAGUGAUAUCAUGUGUAGGGGUGUUUUUAAAAUGUUUUAUCAGUUUAAAUCCAAGCACAUUAAUACAGAAUUCAAUUAUAGUGAUGCGGUCAGAGGUUUGGUAUACCAAGGAGUUUACACUGGCGUCGAAUGCAGCUCAGCCAAUCAGAGUGUAGAAUCGGUUUUAUUAUGCAAAAGAAGAAUUAGAACACUGGUAAUGCAAAAACCCGUUUUCUUUCUGGAGUUUUGUUCGUCUUAUGAUUUGGAGUUUUGUCUUGUUGCACCCACAUUUUGUUUUUAGCUUGUUGAAUUUUUAUUGCAAGGUGUAGUUUUUUUUUUUUUUUUUUUAAACUAUUUCCUAUAUUAAGAUUUGCACUUUUUGAAUGUUAAGUUGGUCGUUCAAUAUCAAACAUUUAUUAAUGUAGUUAUUCGGUCAUAAAUGAGAACAGUGCUAGUAGGAAUUUGAAUACACAUUCCAUCAAAACAAUAAAAAAAUGUAAGGUAAAUGAUAGUCUAGAUACGUCAAAAGUUUUUAUAUAAGAAAUGAUUAAAUAACUUCGGUAAUUUUGUUUUUAAUAAUAUCAAGUGAGUAAAAUGCUAUUUUGGUGUUUUUAAGCACUAAUGAAAUAAAAACAGUUCUCUUGAGACUUUUGGAUUGUGUGGCAUAGACACACACACACACACACACACA